UCGUUUCUGUUGAAGAGGUGCUGUCUCAGUUAAAUAGGUGUGGAAACAGGUAUUGGCACCAUUAGACACAAUGGACCUUGCAACGAUCGCAGGUGUGGCAGCAGGAGCAGCUGGAGCUGUGGCACUAACCCCGGUUUUGGUAUCAGCCGCGGGGUUCACUGCUGGUGGCAUAGCAGCAGGAUCUGUCGCCUCUUGGAUGAUGUCCGCUGCAGCUGUGGCUAACGGUGGAGGGGUGGCGGCUGGAGGCGUAGUUGCUGUCCUACAAUCUGUUGGAGCUGCUGGCCUGUCUGCUGCUGCAACAGCAGUCGUGGGAACUGUAGGAGGGGCUGCAGGCGGGGCCAUUGCAGAUGCCAUGACAUGAGGAGGCUUUCCACACAUGUUGGCUCUUUCUUCGAGAAUGUCAUUUCAUUGCACAGAAAUGGAUUCACUGAUGCUAACAUGCUAACUGGAGGAGCUAAAAAAAAAAAAGCAUAACUUUACAUAAUGACAUGAAGGAAAACAGUGUGGUUUAAUGUAUCACCUAAUAAAUAAAAUGUGAAUGAAAAAGAAAACAAUGUCUCUAAUUCAAUUAAAACCAAUAAAAUAAAUAAAUAUUCA